AUGUUCUGCUCUGUUGUGGCCCCCGGCAGUGAUGUAGUGGUCUCUGACCGUGAUGUAUGCUGGGACACGUUCUGCUCUGUUCUGGCCCCGGCAUACGACAAGGUCAGGCAGCAGCGCGAUGAGGCCGUCAGAAGGUUGGAAGAGUUCAAUAAAAGGUUAAAGGAGAAGAUGAUGAGCGACACCAACAACACCUCAACGCAGAGAGCAGGUUUCCUCUCUACAGCGCUGGACCGGUACCAGAAAAAGAAUUCGCUAGAGGCUUACCAAAUACACUUGGAAUCGCAUGUCAUGCGCUGGCUUGUUUCUCACAUGGUCAUUGAGGAGGUCAGCUUCAUGCAGAACAACCUGGAGAUAGAGAAGACGUGCAGAGAGAGUGCCGAGGCGCUAGCAUCACAGCUGAACAAGGAGAACAAGAACCUGAAACGAAUCAGCAUGCUGUAUAUGGCCAAGCUGGGCCCGGACGUCAUCACUGAGGAGAUAAACCUGGAUGAGCCAUCCACUGAGGGGGACGCUGGGGUCUGCACCUCUCUGGCCUGUCAGCAGAAAUUGAAAGAACUUCAGGAACAAAUUCUUUCUGUAGAGGAGAAGAAGAAAACCGUGAGCAUAGAACUGGAGGAUCUGCGCUCCAAACUACUGGAUCUAAUAAGCGAGGUGAACGUCACGAAGAAGGAAAAUGUAAUGCUGAAUAAAGAAGUGUUUGAUCAGCGUAAACUUCUUGAAAAGUACAACAGAG